AUGGAAUGGCAGGAGGAAAAAAAGGCGCUGCUCGCGACGAUCCAGCGACACGAGCAAGCGGCAGCAGCGCUUGCUAGACGCUUCAAGCUACUGCAACAGACGCUGCAGGCGCAGCAGGAAGUGCUGGAUCAGUAUGAGCACGCGCUCGGUGUCGCUAGAGCAUGUAACGCGACGCGCCCUGCUGAAGUAGCAGCAGCUGCGGCCGCGAUUGGCAAUAGGGGGGUACGAAGUCCCCUCAUUAAACGUACUGACGUUGCCAAAUCGUCCUUAGGAGGUGAGUGCAUGUCGACUAUAAAGCAAAAUGGAGACGAAAAAUGCGACUUGACUACGACACCAGCAGCAGCUCCUGAGCCAAUGAUCUCGACGAUAACAGAGGAUGAAAGCACAGAAACGGAGAAAAAAGUGCUUUUUAAACCCCUUGCGAAGACCAGAAGUAACGCGAAGAUCCGCGCGACGUGGGCAGAAGAAAAGCAAAAGAGACCUUACACGUCGAUGUGGAAGCGCCGUCUCGAAAGACGGACAGCUAGAGGGCCACUGAAGAAGAAGGAUCCUGUCCGGAUAGAAGAGCACAUUUCAGACGAAGCAAGGUGUUUUCCGUACAUUGAAGUGGUACGCAACCGAGAAGAGAGGAAAGCAUUACCAGGUCAUGACUGCAUUGAGUGCAAAAGGUACUACGAUGCGCUUGGAGAGCUCGGGACUGUCGACGUGGCGGCUCAGAAACACAAAUGUUCACGUCAUCGUGCGAGGUUUGAACCGUACCAGACACCUGAUGAUUUCUGGAGGUUGAGUUUUCCCGACUCGGAGCCGCAAUGA